AUGGAUAAAGGACUUUGGCUCUCAAAAGCAUUUUACACGUCAUUUUACGUGGCUAUUGGGGCACUGUUUCCGUACCUACCAGUUUAUUUCAAACAGCUGAGAUUAUCUUCCCAUCAAAACGGAAUCCUUAUUGGUAUCCGUCCACUGAUUCAGUUUUGCGUAACUCCUCUGUGGGGCGCAUGCGCAGAUAGGUUUUGCAAAAGCAAGGUUAUAUUUCUGAUGUCGGUAUUAGGUUGGUUAGUGUCAAAUUUCUUAUUGUCAUUAGUUCCAACUACUGAUGAACCUCAGUGGUGUAAACUUUACAACAAUAACAACAGCAAAGAAAUUUCAUUGCCGAACAGUCGCACAUUCUCACUUAAAUUUACUGGGAACUUUUCCGAUUCAAACACUGUUACUCGUCAGCAAACAAGAAAACACGAUUUUUUUUCCAGAGUGUCGCCGGUUCUUGACACAACUGUACCGUUCUUACCUAUAACAUUUAAAGAUCUGAAGACUGUUUAUAACGUUACUUUACACAACCACGGCAAAGAAGUGGAAGCCCUGAGGAUCAAUGACGGCUGGAAAGAUCAGCUGGAAGUGGCAUCAUUAGAGCCUUCAGCUACAAAGCCUCCUCAAGAUUUUUCAAACGCAAUAGCAACAGAGAAUGAGUACGUUGAAUGUGACUCCAAGGAAUUUCUAUUCUUGUUACUUGUAACUGUAAUUGGUACGGCGAUUGCAGCUCCAGCCCAAGCAUUUGCAGAUACUGUAACGCUUCAAAAUCUUAACGGUGAAUCUCAUAAGUAUGGUCGAGUAAGACUCUGGGGAUCUCUGGGUUGGGGCAUUGGAGGAUUUUCUGUCGGAGCUGCUGUCAGCGCGAAUUAUCGCACGAAUCGUUGUGGUGAGACUGUCAUCAACUACAUGCCUUGUUUUUACGUUUAUGCGGUGGCAAUGAGUGUGGCGUUUGUAUGCGCAACUCAAUUUCAGUUUGAUCAGCCUUUUAUCAAAGAUGAGCAAGAAGUAAAUGUCACAGGUGGCUCAAAAACUCCAAAAAUUCUCCAAGGGCUCAAGGUUUUUCGUAAUCCUCAAUUCUGUUUUGUCAUGUUCAUCGCGUUUUUUUGCGGUUCAGCUACGGGAUUUAUAGAAACGUUUCUAUUUUGGUAUCUUCACGAAUUAGGGGGAGGACAGUUAUUAUUCAGCGUGAUGAACGGGCUAAACUGUGCGGCAGAAGUGUGUGUGUUUUUUGUGACGGACAAGCUGCUCGGUUUUCUUGGACACAUCAAUGUUAUCUAUGUCGCGUUAUUUUGCUACUCUAUUCGCUUUAUUUACUUCUACUUCGUGAAAAGUCCCUGGGCAGUUUUACCCGCGGAAUUACUCCAAGGAAUUACCACCGCAGCAUUCUGGUCAUCGUGUGUUUCUUACGUUGGGUUGCAUCCCGGAGCACCAAACACAGUUCAAGGAAUUCUAAAUGGAGUUUACAUGGGACUUGGUUUCGCAUCUGGUGGGUUUAUAGGAGGAUUUCUUGUACAAUUCGCAGAAAUGAAGACUUUGUUUCUUUUGUACGCUCUUAUAAGCUUUUGUAUCCUUAUAAUAUUUGUUUUUUUAAACAAGAUCAAAUCAAAAACAUAA